AUGAUAACAGGCUUAGAAACAAAAAGCUCAUUGUUUUACUCCUAUAACCGAUUUAUCAAUGGCUUUGCCUGCGUCCUUCAUGACGACGAUGUACCCAAAGUUCAAAAACACCCCAAAGUCAUAUCGGUUUUCUUGAAUCAUGGAAGAAAAUUGCAAACCACGCAUUCGUGGAAUUUUCUUGGAUUAGAGAAAGACUAUGACAAUAUUCCUUCAAAUUCAAUAUGGAAGAAGACAAAUUUUGGUGACGAUGUAAUUAUAGGAAACAUUGACUCAGGUGUUUGGCCGGAAUCGAAGAGUUUUGCUGAUGAAGGCAUCGGUCCAGUGCCAAAAAGGUGGCAAGGGACCUGCAAUAGCAAAGAUGAAGUUAAAUGUAACAGGAAGCUAAUUGGAGUAAGGUACUUCAACAAAGGGUAUCUUAAAUAUGCUCGUAGGGUUGCUCGUAGGCAUAAUUCAACUUAUACUGUCACUCCCAAGAUGAUGACAUCUCGUGACUUCAAUGGCCAUGGCACACACACCCUAUCAACAGCGGGUGGAAAUUUAGUUCCUAAUGUUAAUGUUUUUGGUAAUGGCAAUGGAACAGCAAAAGGUGGAUCACCUAGGGCUCGCGUUGCUUCCUAUAAAGUAUGCUGGGAGCCAAUCGAUAACCGACAAUGCUUCGAUGCAGACAUCAUGGCUGCCAUUGAAGCUGCAAUAAGUGAUGGUGUUGAUGUCCUUUCCAUCUCAAUAGGUGGAGGACCAGAAGAAUAUUUUAAUGAUGGGGUUGCAAUUGGUUCUUUCCAUGCUGUUAAACAAGGCAUUAGUGUGGUUGUCUCCGGUGGCAACCAAGGACCAAUGCCAGGAUCUGUAGGAAAUAUUGCACCCUGGUUGUUCACAAUUGGUGCCAGCACAACGGAUAGGGAAUUUGUAAAUUAUGUUACACUUGGCAACAAGAAGAUCUUCAAGGGAGUAAGCCUAUCAGAUAAAGGCCUGAAAUCAGAAAAGUUUUAUCCAAUGAUUACUGGAGAAGAUGCCAGGGCCAAUGAAACACCAGUUAAGAAUGCUAGCGCAUGUCAGCCUGGAACCCUUGAUCCGGAAAAGGUUAAAGGGAAAAUCUUGGUGUGCCUUUGGCUCGGAAGUAAACAACUCGAAACCGGAAAAUAUGCUGAUAAAUUAGAGGCUGUUGGGAUGAUUUUGGCUAACCACAAAAAGCUUCCCAAUGUUGCUUUUACCAACAUGCACGUCCUUCCAACUUCCCAUAUCAAUUCCAAAGAUGGUGAAGCUAUUUUUGACUACAUUCAUUCUACCAAGGACCCAGUUGCACACAUAAGUAAUGUAAAGACCGAAAUCGACACAAAGGCAGCUCCAGCAAUAGCUGAAUUUUCAGCUAGAGGACCCAAUAUGAUUGAUCCAACUAUCCUUAAGCCUGAUGUCAUUGCACCUGGAGUCAAUAUAAUUGCUGCCAACUCUGAAGCAACAUCACCAACAAACUUGAACUCUGAUAACCGAAGGAUUCCUUAUAUCACAAUGUCUGGCACUUCAAUGGCAUGCCCUCACGUUUCUGGUAUUGUUGGCCUAAUCAAAGCUGUUCAUCGAGAUUGGAGUCCAGCAGCUAUCAGAUCCGCAAUCAUGACAACCUCAAGGAAAACGGACGCAAAUUCUAAUCCAAUUGUAUAUGAAAACGACAACAGCGCCGCAAACCCAUUUGCAUAUGGUGCAGGACUUCCGAAUCCAAACAGUGCAUUGGAUCCUGGCCUUGUUUAUGACUUGAAUGCUGAAAGUUACUUGAACUAUUUGUGUGCCCACGGUUACAACCAGAGCCUCAUUAGAGCAUUUACAAUCUCGGAAAAGCCUUACUCGUGCCCCGAAUCAUUCAAUGUCAUGAACUUAAAUUACCCUUCAAUAGUACUUCCGUACCUCAAUGGCUCAAUCGAACUCACUCGAUCUCUUAAGAACGUUGGAUCACCAGGCACAUAUAAUGUGACCGUAAAUGCACCUAGUGGAGUGUCUAUUGUUGUUGAGCCUAGCAGCUUGAAUUUUGAAAAAUAUGGUCAAGAGAAGAAAUUUGUAAUCAGAUUUAGUCCUCGUGGUAGUGAAAAGGGUUAUCGUUUUGGAGAAAUGAUAUGGUCAGAUGGUAUGCAUAAUGUAAGGAGUCCUAUUCUAGUAAAGAAUGGUAAAUUGGAGAUGUAG